AUGGCUGUUCUUGACAUGAUGCGUAUAGCCAGUGAAAAAGAACAAAGCCCAAUUGCAAUUUACAAUGCUGUCAGUUACAAAAAGUUUUUGCCAAAGUGUAUACGUGCCAAAAUUCAGGACUACCACAUUUUGACUCGCAAGAGGAUACGGUAUAGAUUUCGAAGGUUCAUUCAGCAAUUCAGUCAGUGUAAGGCUACUGCCAGAGACUUAAAACUUAAAUAUCUCAUAAAUCUUGAGACCCUCCAGUCAGCGUUUUAUUCUGAACAAUUUCAAGUUAAGGAGGCCUUCAGAGACUCACUAGGGGGAGAGAUUUUUGCAACAAUUGUAGUAAGUGGAAAUGAUGGAAUUCGAUAUUUAAGGGGCAGAUCGGAUGACAAAGACUCAUUGGAUGACCAGGAUUUGCAAACUUAUUGUGACUUUCCUGAUAUCAUUGAUGUGAGCAUUAAACAAGAUAGCAAAGAUGAUUCCUCUGAGAGUCGGAUAGUAACAAUCCACAAGCAGGACAACAAAUCUCUGGAGGUAGACUUUACUUCUUUAAAGGAAGCGCUAUCCUUUGUGUCACUGAUUGAUGGAUAUUACAGAUUAACAGCAGAUGCACACCAUUACCUUUGCAAAGAAGUAGUGCCUCCACAAGUACUUGAAGGGAUUCAUAGUUAUUGCCAUGGCCCUGUGUCGAUGGAAUUUGCCAUUGACAAGCUCAAAAGAGCAGGAAGCCAAAAAGGAAUUUUCAUACUUCGAUGCAGUCCUAAAGAGUUUAACAAGUACUUCCUCACAUUUGCAGUAGAGCGUGCUGGAGUACCUGAAUAUAAACACUGCUUAAUAACAAAAACUUCAAAUGGGGAAUACAACCUACGAGGUGCCAAGAAAAAAUUUUGGCUCACUGAAAGAUUUGUUAAACUGCUACCAGAAAGAAACUGUCCGCUCAGAUGGCAUCAUUUUCCAGUUUACGCGAUGUUGCCCCCCUAAACCCAAAGAGAAAUCAAACCUGAUUAUCUUCAGGAGCAACAGAGUGUCGGAGGUCCCAUUAUCUCCUUCCUUGCAGCGGCACACUAAUGUGAAUCAGAUGGUUUUUCACAAGAUCAGAAGUGAAGACUUGACUUACCUGGAAAAUCUUGGUCAGGGUACCUUUACUAAGAUAUUCCGAGGCAAACGUGAGGAGACAGGAGACUACAAUCAGAUUCAUGAAACAGAAGUUCUUCUGAAGGUUUUGGAUAAGAUACAUAGAAAUUAUUCUGAGUCUUUCUUUGAAGCAGCAAGCAUGAUGAGCCAACUUUCCUACAGGCAUUUGAUCCUAAAUUAUGGAGUCUGUGUGUGCGGUGAUGAGAGUAUUCUAGUUCAGGAAUAUGCAAAGUUUGGGUCACUGGAUAUCUACUUGAAGAAGAAGAAAAACACAGUUAAUAUUAUGUGGAAAUUGGAAGUUUCAAAACAGCUGGCAUGGGCUAUGCAUUUUCUAGAGGAACGAAAUCUAGUACAUGGCAAUGUUUGUUUAAAGAACAUUCUGCUGAUCAGAGAAGAAGAUCGUAAGACAGGAAAUCCUGCUUUCAUCAAGCUCAGUGAUCCAGGAAUCAGUAUCGCAGUGCUGCCGAGAGAAAUUCUUUUGGAACGCAUUCCCUGGGUUGCUCCUGAGUGCAUUGACAACCCAAAAAAUCUUAGCCCAAUGGUAGACAAAUGGAGUUUUGGCACCACCUUAUGGGAAAUAUGCAGUGGUGGUGAUAAACCCCUGAAUGCACUGGAUUCUCAAAGGAAGCAGCAGUUUUAUGAAGAUAGACACCAGCUUCCAACACCAAAAUGGACCGAGCUUGCCAAUUUAAUAAACAGCUGCAUGGACUAUGAGCCAGAUUUUCGGCCUUCAUUUCGAGCAGUUAUAAGGGAAUUAAACAGCUUGUUUACUCCAGAUUAUGAACUUCUGGCAGAAACUGACUUGCUACCCAACUUGAGAACUGGGGCCUUUGGCUUUUCUGGAGGCUUUGAAGACCGUGAUCCAACUCAUUUUGAGGAAAGGCAUCUUAAAUUUUUGCAGCAACUUGGCAAGGGUAACUUUGGAAGUGUGGAACUGUGCCGAUAUGACCCUCUACAAGACAACACUGGUGAAGUUGUAGCUGUUAAGAAGCUUCAGCAUAGCACCGAGGAAUAUAUGAGGGAUUUUGAAAGAGAAAUUGAGAUCCUGAAAUCCCUGCAGCAUGAGAACAUUGUUAGAUACAAGGGAGUGUGUUACAGUGCAGGUCGUAGAAAUCUUAGAUUGAUAAUGGAGUAUUUGCCAUACGGAAGUCUAAGGGACUAUUUACAAAAGCACAAAGAGAGACUGGAUAUCAAGAAACUUCUUCAAUAUGCCACACAAAUAUGCAAGGGUAUGGAGUAUCUUACAAUUAAGCGGUAUAUACAUAGAGACUUGGCAACUAGAAACAUUUUAGUUGAAAAUGAAAACAGAGUAAAGAUUGGUGAUUUUGGAUUGACAAAAGUAUUACCACAAGACAAGGAAUACUACAAGGUCAAAGAGCCUGGUGAAAGCCCUAUUUUUUGGUAUGCACCCGAAAGUCUCACUGAGAGCAAGUUCUCUGUGGCUUCAGAUGUGUGGAGUUUCGGGGUUGUCCUCUAUGAGCUCUUUACAUACAGUGAAAAAAAUAAGAGCCCACCUUCGGAGUUUAUGAGGAUGAUUGGAAAUGAUAAACAGGGACAGAUGAUUGUAUUUCACUUGAUCGAGUUGCUGAAGAAUGACGGGAGACUGCCACAACCAGAGGGCUGCCCUAAUGAGAUCUACCAAACCAUGACAGAAUGCUGGAACAAUACUAUCAGUCUGCGUCCUUCCUUUAAAGAGCUCACUGUAAAAGUUGAAAGAAUGCGGGAGUCUAUGGGAGCAUGA